GCAUAUCACUGGCACGUCGCUAAUUCCAAUCCUUACUCUCCUUCCUAUUUUCCCACUGGUCUCUUCGUCAUGUCGGAAAAGGUCAAAGAGUUCAUCGAAGUACCGCAAGAGUUUAUUAGGGAUGGGAAGCAGUUCCUCACCCGCUGCACAAAACCUUCCCAGAAGGAGUUCACUCAGAUCUGCCGUGCUGUCGCCAUUGGUUUCGCCAUCAUAGGUUUCAUUGGGUACUUCGUGAAGCUGAUCCAUAUCCCUAUCAAUAAUAUCCUAGUGGGAGGUGCAUAAUCUUCCGCUUUCUGUAUCGCUGGCGACAUGUAUGGUUCAGGGAGGUAAUGCAUUGGAUCUCGGCUGUCUGUAUCGCGCUCGCGGCAAGCUUUCCUUUGGGUGGACCGUCUUCACAUUGCGUCGACGUGAAAUGGUCGUUACGACAUGUUAAUGCAACCGUUGGAAACGCCGGUAGAACAAAUCUUUGCUGUCAACCGCAAUAUUUCUACGACUUCUUAGUUUCUGGAACUGCGAGUAUAGGAGUUCGCAGUGCCUCCUCCAACAUGA